AUGACUUUUAGAAAUCAAAGAACCGACCAAGUCAACGGUCGACAGAGACUGUGUGUGAGAAAAAUGCACGUGCUAGACCCUUUUUUAAUUUCUGGACCAGUGUUGGAAUAUAAGAACCUUUCGUGUUUCUGCAUUAAAGAGCCACAUUUAAGACACCCAAUGCCAUCCUGUCCUUUAACUUCCUCGUUCAUAGUCAUCAGGGAUAAUGACCAUGGUCUAACAUCCAGGCAUGAAAUUCACACAGUGCAGUUUGACCAAAAACCAAGGAACGUGAUCAUAGAAAGGAACCAGGUAGCAGAAAUGGGAUGUGUGAGUUUAAGGUUUGAACCAGGGCCUGGCAAAGGGUUACUUGAGGACAGUGACAUGGACCUGCGUGCUGGUAUUUGGUUUAGAUGCAUGACAAAGUGCCAGUGUGCAGGUUAUAUUCCCUUAGUUGGGCUGUCAGCAACCAAAUCCAUGCAAGCAGAACAAUUGUGUCAGGAAAAAGGAGAUACAGAAACUCAGAAAGUGCCUGAUUAG